AUGGGUUGUUCUCCGAGCUAUCCCAUCACAAGAAGUCCAAUAAUCUUCGAGCCAAAUGCUUAUUUUGAUAUAACUGGAACAAGAAAAACACACGGCGAAAAUGAAUUAAGAAAUACAGAAUUUCAAAAAAUCCAAGAGCGUUAUUGGGAAAGAUUACUUGAAGAGAGAAGGAGAUCAGCGCUCAACAGAAGAAAAUUUCAAGAAAUGGGUGAAAAAGACUUCCGAUCAUUAAUAAACGAAUUUCCAGAAUUUAAGGAAGGAGACAUAGUGGAUUUGAGGUUACAAUUCCAAACGUUUGAUUUGAAUCAAGAUGGAAUAAUCGAUUUCAAAGAAUUAAUGCAAGUACUCGAUGACCUUGGCGACAGAUCUGAGCCCGCGGUACGGGAACAAUACUUCAAUGAAAUUGACAAGGAUGGAUCUGGCGCUAUCGAUUUUGAAGAGUUCUUAGCGCUCAUCUAUCAACUCCGGAAGACUACAGAUGUAUUUAACCAAAGUGAAUUUGGUCAGAUAGGCAAUUUGUGCAAGCGUGGUACAGAUAACAUUCAGCGCGUCAGAAAACUGAGUGUCGCAAAGCAAAUGCUAACGGGAUUGUUUUAACACGACUUCGUUCCUAGUGUGGACUGUAUGACUCAGACUUCUUUGAUAAUUGUAAAAUAUUGAUGGCAUUGAAAUUCUAAGUCUUGUGAGCUAUGUACAAUUCCUCAAUAUGACUCGAACCAGGGCUUCUUACAACCGCGUUAAAUUACAAUUUGCAAAUUGUAUUGUGUUUUUUUUUUUUCGGGAACCGUUUGGUGAAGGCUCCCAAUGAUUUCAAUAAAGUAAUUUUCUCGUAUUAUGAGACGUUUUAAGAGUAUUUCAUUUGAUAACACUGGAUACCUUCGCUGUUAAAGUAUUGGGAAAGAGCUACAAAUAGAUCGGCUGAGACAGGAGUACUCAGCGGAGCCGCUCCUCAAAUUAUCCGCUCCUCGGUCUUAAUUAAUUCAGCUGGCUGGGAACCUAACUAAAACAGUCAUACCCUUGCUGGGAAUUUUCCUUCACACGAAACUUGCUGGGUAAAAGUUCUGAAAUGUAAUUUCCUAGCUGGGAAGAAAUUGAAUUUUUUACAAUGCAUUCUGGAAUUCAUUGGCCAGACUGUGUUUGCUGACGACCGCAUAGGCCAGAUGGCGUGUGUAAAUUAAUAAAUCUUUUGUUAGCCGUACAAUGUGAAUAAUAAUUGAAAUUUGUUGGCAAACAAAGGUGUGCUGUAAUAAUGAAGUUAAGUGUUGUCUUUACAAUGCCCCACCACGCUUCCUCUCGAAAAAAAAAUCAUAAAAAUUAAGACAUUCGGACCCGUUAACUAUUUGGGCUCGAAUUUGUCUGCGGCUUGUGUUUAUGUUAAUAGGGCCCGAAUUAAGCCCGACUCCGCUUCCUUGCUAAAUAAUCGGGCCCGAAAGAAGUUUAAGUCACACCGUUUUUCGGGCCCCGAAUUAUUCCACGUUUCGAGCCCGAGUAUUAUCCGAGUCUGAAUUCGACUGAGCCCUCGUAAAAGUGAUCGAGCUCGGUAAUAAAUCGAGUACACUGGUGGAUUGUGCCCGAUUUGAUGUUGGACACCAGAUUCGGGUGCGGUUUUUGAUCCGAGCCCGACUUGAAUAAAUCGAGCUCGGUUCCACAGAAACAAAAAUUGAUCCCACCCGAAAGAUUUUUUGGGGGCUUUACGGGUCCGUUUUCGGACCCGAGAAGUUUUCGGGUCUUUUAAGAAACGCACGCCAGCGCCCUAACCACUCGGCCACGCUGCCUCCAAGCAACCUCCUCCAACCACAAAACGUACCAUGCAUUGAAGUAACCUUCACUAAGUCAGCUUAGGAAGCCUGGGUGGAGGGUCAGUCGUUUUGAAGGUAGGAUGACCCAGCAGGACAAGCCAACUUUUCAGUGACAUUUUCCACGCAAACAUGUUGGAUAAGUUUGACUUACCCACCAUUAGUCCUGUCAAAACAUAUUGAGCAUGCGCAAUACCAAGAGGGCCAAUCUUGGCCAGAAGGAACAAGUAUUUAUUAUGUAAUAAACACUUUAGUUAGUAAAAGAGGAUUUGAGAGAUAGGGUAACCACUCUCCCAUGUCAUUAAAAAGUAUUUCAAGCCAAGGGAUUCUCAAGAAACUUCCACGUGUGAAUAAAAUUGUGACAGACAAGAAAAUUAUGAAAAUGCUGCCCAAAGGCGUUUUAUAUGACAAACAUCCUCCUUACAGAAUAAUGAAAAUAUCUACAAACUUUGCCAGUCUUGCUGAAAUUUAACAAUAAAUAAUGAAACUGACAACUUUACACUGUUGUGCAACUCAAUAAAUAUACAACUAUAAAUUUAACUAACCUUUGGGGUAUAAAAAGUCUUCUGUUUCUAUGAUCCAAUAUCACCCCCCGAAAAAACAAUGCAUUAUUAAAAAUAACUUAUAUAUAAUAACUUAGAUCUUAUCAUAAUGAACUUUAAGCUUGUAGCUUUUGUAAGGCACUGAGGAAUCCUCUCAAACUUAUGUUCUCUUUUACAUCUUAGCCACAUGGCCAUGGCUAGCACUUGCCUCAGUCAUUUGUUGUUGUUGUUUUUUUUUAAUCAUAAACACCCUAAAUACCUAGGAAGGGAAUUUAACCAUGGACAUUGCCUCAGUCAUCAUUUUUUCUGGCUACGGCCCUGAUAGGUUUGACAAAACUCAACAACUGUAAACAUUUGUUCAACCCACAUUUUAAUUAAGGUGGCUCUCUAUAGUUCAGAACAAUUUUGUAUUUAAAAAUUGAACCAAAUCAUCAAUAGUGGCAAGAAUGUUAAAACAUAAUUUUGUGUUACUAACACCAGGGAAAAAAACCCAUGCGUUACCAUGACAGGGGUUUCAUUAAUGUUUUAAGCAGGAAGGCAACUGGUUUUCACAGAUGGGCAAAACUACUAAAACGAGACCUCUUUGUAAGAAAAACUUUCUGCUAGGGGGUCAAACCGGCCACGCAAGAUUGUUCUCACAGCCAGUCAAUUUGCCCGCUGCCCAGCCCUUAAUGAAAUCCCUGCAUGAUCAGCUUCAACAGAUUACAUGUAGAUGUAUCUGCUUACUCAGCUGGUUAGUAUGUUCAUUGUUCAAUUAAAAAAGUUACCAAAAGUCAUCUUCAACCUACUACAAUCAGACCUCACCCAAAAAGACACCCAUGGGACCAGAAAAAGUACUACUUCAGGUUAAGAAGGGGAGCUUUCAUAUGAGAUGUCCGUUACUGGAAAUUCAACCAUAGCUGCUUUAAACUGGAAAAAUUACAUAUGUGAUAAAAUGCUGAAAAUUGUAGGAAAACAC